GAAACAUCUGGAAACAUCACAGAAUACAUUGUCCUUGUUGAUAACCAAGAGAUAAAAGAAAAAAAAAUAAUUGGGUGUAAUUUAAGUUAAGGAAAAUGAGUAACGAUCCAGUUACAUGGGCCACCAGUGAAGAUGAUUCUAUAGCGUAUGUGUCUCUUACAAAACAAUUAUAUCCACAAGUUAUAGAAUUCAUUGAUGAUUCUUUCUACGCACAAGAAACUGUUUGCAAGGCUUUCGAUGUAUACAAUCAAACAGAGUGUUUUUCCGAACUCGAAGUUCUGCUUCGAAGGACCGCUGCAGAUGGCGUCUCGAUCGUUGCUGUCGACGUAGCCAGUGGCGCCGUGAUCGGAGUCGCAUUAAACAAAUUACAGGACAAGACUGACUCCGCAUUCUAUCAAGAAUUUACAAAAACUCUAAAAUAUCCAGCUUCUAGAAAACUCGCCACCUGGAUAGCCGACACCAAAACCAAGUUCGAUAUUUUCGAACAUUGUGGUGUUACCAGCCUGUUUGAGAUUAUGUUUCUCGGAGUCCUGCCGUAUUUUAAAAAGCAACAUGUAGCGAAAAAGUUGGUCCAAGUGUCAGUAGACAUUGCCAAACAGUUGAGAGCCGGCAAUAAUAUUAAAGUGUCAAUAAACAAUCAAAAGUUAAAUCUUGGAAAUCCCCCUGAUAUAGUAACUGGUAUUUUUACAUCACAAACAAAUCGGAAAAUAGCGAAAGAUUUGAAUUUCGAAGUAGGAUCGAAAAUGUAUUAUGACGAGUUCUUGUACGAUGGACAAAGUUUAGGCGAUCUAGUUAUAUCAAAAAAACCAUAUUUUACUUAUGAAUAUUUAAAACUCUAGACAACAUAUACUUAUAUAAUAUAUAUCGGGUGCGUCUCAAAAGUGGCUCACCUUUAUA